AUGGGAGAGGGAAUUGGACAACUACGGCUAUCUAUCUAUCCAUUUGUGUCUGUUCAUUAUCUAUCUAUCUAUCUAUCUAUCUAUCUAUCCUAUUUCUAUCUAAAUCUUCUGUUCAUUACCUAUCGAUCUAAUUCUGUUCAUAUCUAUCUAUCUAUCUAUCUAUCUAUCUAUCUAUCUAUCUAUCUAUCAUCUGUUUAUUAUAUAUCUAUCUAUCUAUCUAUCUAUCUAUCUAUCUAUCCCAGUUUCUUCAUUUUAUCUAUCUAUCUAUCUAUCUAUCUAUCUAUCUAUCUAUCUAUCCCAGUUUCUUCAUUUUAUCUAUCUAUCUAUCUAUCUAUCUAUCUACCUAUCUAUCUAUCCCAGUUUCUUCAUUUUAUCUAUCUAUCUAUCUAUCUAUCUAUGAUUUUUCAAACCAACUCUCUCUUUACCUAUCUAUCUAUCUAUCUGUCUGUCUGUCUAUUCUGUUCAUAUCUAUCUAUCUAUCUAUCUAUCUACCUACCUACCUACCUCAGUCAUUUUCAUGACUAUCUAUCUAUCUAUCUAUCUAUCUAUCUAUCUAUCUCAGUCCUUUUCAUGACUAUCUAUCUAUCUCAGUCUGUUCAUAUCUAUCUAUCUAUCUAUCUAUCUAUCUAUCUAUCUAUCUAUAUAUAUAUAUAUAUAUAUAUCUAUUUAUCUCAUCUGUUCAUAUCUAUCUAUCUAUCUAUCUAUCUAUCUAUCUAUCUAUCGAUCUCAGUCCUUUUCAUGACUAUCUAUCUAUCUAUCUAUCUCGGUAUUUUCAUAUCUAUAUAA